AUGGACGGCCGAGAUCCCAAGGAGCCGGAACAGUUGAGGAAGCUCUUCAUCGGAGGCUUGAGCUUUGAAACAACAGACGAAAGCUUAAAGGAACACUUCGAGCAAUGGGGCACAUUAACGGACUGUGUGGUUAUGAGGGACCCACAAACAAAGCGAUCCAGGGGUUUUGGAUUCGUGACGUACUCCUGCGUGGAAGAGGUGGAUGCGUCAAUGGCUGCAAGGCCGCACAAGGUUGAUGGACGUAUUGUAGAACCAAAACGUGCUGUGUCGCGAGAAGACUCUGCAAGACCUGGGGCACAUUUAACCGUAAAGAAAAUAUUCGUCGGCGGUAUUAAAGAAGACACAGAAGAAUUUCACUUAAGAGACUAUUUUGAAGAGUAUGGAAAAAUUGAAACCAUUGAAGUUAUGGAAGACCGUCAGAGCGGGAAGAAAAGGGGAUUCGCAUUCGUUACAUUCGAUGAUCAUGAUACAGUGGACAAAAUUGUUGUCCAGAAAUACCAUACGAUCAACGGGCAUAACUGCGAAGUGAAAAAGGCCCUAUCAAAGCAAGAGAUGCAGACCGCAGGAGCACCGAGGGGAGGUCGUGGUGGUGGCGCAAGCAGUUUUGGCGGUGGUCGAGAAGCUAGCUUUGGCAAUGGCGGGGGCAACUUCGGCGGCCGAGGUGGUGGAAACUUUAGCAGCCGAGGGCCGGGUGGUUUCGGA